ACACAAAAUUCUAAAAUGGCUGCCUUUCCAAACCACCAUCCUUCUACUCCAGUUCGUCCCAGAGUUUUUCAGCAAUUAGACGGGUCCCUAAAUGUCCAUAGGAUAGUAUUCUCGUCUUUAUACGCUCUAUUAUUAAUAGUAUAUUUCCCUUUUGGUCUACUCCUAUUCAUAGUUCGUGUCACCAUGCUCCUACAGGCCUUCAUAAUACUCAGUAUUAUACCAACUGGUGUAUUCCAACGUUUCUUGUUAAGGAUAUUGUUUGGUGUAAUGGGGCUGGUUGUUGUGACUAAAAACUGGAAGAGAAGGAACACAGCUGCUAGGAUGUUGAUAGCUAAUAAGAUAUCGAAACUAGACCAUAUUGUCCUACACCUUGCUAUGGAGUGUACAACAAUCAGUCUGGUUGAUGUCCCAUUGUUUUCGUCGUUGUUUUAUCAUACUCACUUGAAAACCGAGUCUUUGAACGAAAUUGAGGAGGCUCUUAAAAAAUUACCAGAAUUUGAUGUUGAUGUCUCCAUACCUGAUUCAGCUGCUAUUCCUUACGUAGCUCAGCCGGAAUCAAUAUAUACUAAUGGGAGGAGCCUAUCUCAAUUCAAUGUGUGGCCCUUCACAGUAGAGGAUAUAGUUCAACCAGUAGCAUUGUCCUGGUGGAGACCAAUAGAUAUUCCUUUUACAACUCUUGAUAGCUCUGACUUUACUGAUUUAUGCUGGACCUUAUUCCUACCUUUAACAAUAGUCACAAUGACUGUUCUCCCUUCUGUUGAUGCUGAUGACGGCAAAGGGGCUUCAGACUUUGCAAAGAAAGCAAAUAAGAAAAUGGCAUCUCUCAUGAAUGUAGAUGUACUAAAAGUGUCAAAGCAAGACAUUGAAAUGUGGAAAAGUGAAAUGAAGGAGUCUCAUUCAUUGAUGAGGAAGGCAUUUGGUUCUGAUACUGGCCCUUUAAUAUCAGACUCCCAGUUCUCAUCUAUGGGGACUCCACCUCCUGAAAUAGAAAGAAUGACAUACCAAGUCAUCAGUGUAUUGCCACACAUUCCAGCACAUGUCAUUAGGAAAGACCUUAUGAAGACUCGAAACGUUGACGUAACUGUUACCAAUUUUCUUGAAGGAAGAGUUAAGUUUGAUCCUGCCCCUCCUUCUUCUUCUUCAGGAGGAAGAGGAGGAGGAGGAGGAGCUGUACCACAGCCUCAAAAAUCUAAACCAAAGGAGAAAUUUUCGUUAGAAGAAGGAAACCGAGCUUUUCAAGAGAGAAAGAAAUCACUUUUAGAGAAUGCCAGGAAGAGAUAUAUUGCUAAACAUGGACAGUGAAGUUAAUUUAUUAUUAAUAUUUUGUGAGGGAGAGACAGAAAGAAUGUCCAUUAGUAAAUACACACACAUACACUGACUUGUGUAUUGUCUGAUGAAUAGUUUACAAUAAUAA